UAUGCAUUAGAAUAAGCAGAAUUAUAUUAAUCUGAAAUUGAUGAAGAUUCAGCUAGAAUAAAAGAGAGUCAUUUAAGUAAAUUUAAAUAAACAAAAAUAACUUUUGAUAAAGGUAGUAGAUGGUAAGCAUUGACACCACCUUAAGUUGAUUCAGAAGGUAAAAAGUUAUAAUGUGAUCCUAAAACAUGUUCAUUACAUUUACAUUCUGUUUCUACAAAAAUGUAAUUUGGUCCAUUUUAUUCAACAAAGAAUUCGAUAGGCUUAAUAUUGGGAACAGGAAAUAUAGGAAAAUAUUUAAGUUGACUAAGUUAAUACUUAUAUGUCAAGAGAUGGAGGUUUAACUUGGUUUGAAAUAGCAAAAGGAUCACAUAUAUAUGAAAUUGGAGAUCAUGGUGGUGUUAUUGUAUUAGCAAGUGAUUAAUAAGCAACAAAGGUAUUAAAAUAUUCGUGGAAUGAAGGAUUAACAUGGGAGAUAUUUUAAUUUAGUGAAUAACCUAUUGAAAUUACAAAUAUAAUAACGGAACCUUCUAAUAUUGGGACAAGGUUUUUAUAUAUGGUACAUCUAAUUUAUAUAUUAAUGAUGAAAAUAUCGAAUAAGGUAAUAUUGUUAAAAUUGAUUUUUCUUCUAUUUAUGGAAGAGAAUGUGUUGGAGAAGAUUAACCUUCAAGUCCAAAUAGUGAUUAUGAAUUGUGGUCACCAACUGGAAAGAUUAAUCCUGAUU